UCACUUCUACAACAGAUGAAUUCUUCCAAACGUUUAGUCAGAUCACAUCUGUUAUCUCAACUUCUUCUAAAUCAGACUGACAGAUGUAAACCCCUCAGCACAUCUGUCACGUGUUGUUCAACCUUGUUCAGAUCUUUCCCUAGCUGUCAACCAUUAGACAGAUCUGUCACUAGCUGUCACAAACUACGUUCCUUGUCUUUUAGAUUUUCAGCCGGAAACUCUUCAAUUUCCUCAACAAGGCUUUUUAGUUUUUCAAGCGGACUCAAUAUGCCAGUAUCUGCAUACACAGCUGUAGAGAGGGGUACUUCCCAUUCAGAUAGUUACAAGGUUUUUAUCCGAGAUGAUGACGGUCCUAUCUCUCCUUUUCAUGAUAUUCCUCUGGACGCUAAUGUUGAACCUAGAACCUUCCAUAUGGUAGUGGAGAUUCCAAGAUGGACAAAUGCUAAGAUGGAAAUAGAUACAAAAUCUGCUUUAAAUCCAAUUAUUCAGGACCAGAAAAAGGGAAAACUGAGAUAUGUUGGGAACUCGUUCCCUCACCAUGGAUAUAUCUGGAACUAUGGAGCCUUUCCUCAGACCUGGGAGAAUCCAAACCACGUAGAUGAGAAUACCGGAGAAAAGGGUGAUAAUGACCCAGUUGAUGUUAUUGAGAUUGGACACAGGGUUGCUAAGCGAGGAGAUGUUCUAGAGGUCAAAGUUCUCGGUAUUUUAGCAAUGAUAGAUGACGGGGAAACAGAUUGGAAAGUUUUAGUUAUAGAUGUAACAGAUCCAUUGGCGGAUAAACUGAAUGGGUUAGAAGAUGUGGAGACUUUAAUGCCUGGGUUCCUUAAUCAAACCAGAGACUGGUUCAGAAUCUAUAAGAUGCCUGACGGAAAGCCUGAAAACCAGUUUGCAUUUAAUGGAGAGUUUAAGGAUGCUGAGUUUGCACACAAGAUAAUUGAUGAGACCCAUGUGUACUGGAGACAGCUGGUUGGUCUGGACGAGGUAGAGGAAGAUCCAGGAAAGCUUGAUAUUGGUUGUGUGUGCGUUGAAGGAUCUAACAAAGUUAUUACUAGAGAAGAAGCUGAAAAAGUUUUCUCUGAAACUAAGGAGUAUGUGGUAGGGGAGGAACCAGCCAGUACAGUAGAUACCUGGCAUUAUACGCAUUUAUUAUAAAACAGAUCUGCGCAUUUCACAGGAUUUUUUUUGCAAUCUUAAAAUCAUAAUUGAAGUUCAAUUAUUUAGAACAAUUUCCAGGAAAUUUUUGGGUGAUUUUGACAAAGGAUGUGUUUUGUGUAACUGUAUUUACCAUAAACUGUGGAUUAUGAAGACGACCUUUAGACCACAAACACAAACCUUUUCAUUUAAUAAGUGAUUUUAAAGCCACUAAAUCUAAUUGCGAUGUAAUAACAUAAAAAACGCUAAAAUAUUAAUGUCGUCUUUCUAUUCCACAGUUUUCUGUCUCACUGUAGUAAGAACGGUACCCAAACACAUUUCUAAUCAUAUUUAUUAUAAAUAAAUUACUUAUAUUUGGAUUUGAAUAACAUCAUAGAUCCAACACGAAAAUGGUUUUUGUUCCUUCCAUCUUAAAACCACCCCUCUUUUACACUUGGUAGCAUUUUAAUCCUCAGCUGUAUCAGACGUAUAUAGAGUGGUAAGCGAUUAUAUCAAUACAAUAAAGACAACUUUCGUUUUAAAUCUUGAGUUAUAUAAAGCUGUUAAACAGCAUGGGAUACACA